AUGACGGACAGCACGGAGAGCUUCAUCUUCACCUUAGCCAAGCCCUCGCAGCCAGCCGUGGUGCAGGCAAAGCGGGACAUCGUCAAGGACCAAGUCGUGGAGUGCAAGUUUAAGGGUGAGUGGCUGGAAGCGACUGUGCUGGAAGUUUCCACGUGGAGUGCCGACUCCGAUGACGAGGACGAGACGGACGGGCGCACAGUGAAAGUUCGCUUUGCUCGCGACGGCACCGAGUCUACUGUGCUGGCACCAAACGUCCGCGAGCAUUUAGACCCAGAGGAGGCCCAGGAACGAGAGCGUCAAGCGCAACGGGCUGCUGCCAAAGAGCUCAUCAUCAUCUCGCCACAGGCGGACAAACGCCGAGAGGCGACACUGCUGUUGGCGGCCACGCUGGAGGCCAAAUUUCCGGGCAGCUUCAAUGCGGGCGAGCUGGAGGCACCCGACGGCAUCGCCGUGUCGGCCCUGGCCGGGGACAUGUCGGCCUUGAGUGGCAAGGACGGCCCAGACCUUCUCCGUCGAUUGGGCACCGCGGCGCACUGCGCACUCGUGCCAGGGGAGAACUCGGUGUACCUGGCGGGCACGACUCCCCUGGAUUGCACGCGCGGUGAGUCGUUUGUAAGGCCCUUCCUGACCGACCCGAACUUGGUCACCAGUGGAGCAUCCACAGAGCCACAGGUGGCCACAGAGGUCGACUCCAUCGAGGACAUGUAUGUCUCCAACCUUUACAUUGCAAAGGACAAGCAGAAGAACCUCCCAGCUCGUGUCCUGAGCACGGUGGCCGACAAACACGGCGUGGUGGCGUUUUUUGACGACGCUGCCACCCUUGGUGUGGAGGAUAGCGUGCGACUGAAUGUUCUGUGCUGGGAGCCGGAGCGUCGGCACUCCGCCAUGGAGAUGGUCAAGGAGCUGCAGGAUACGGAGCCGCCACCAGAAGAGGAGCCCUGGCAGGCAGAGGAACAGAAGGAAGAGGACCAGAAUGAGAGCUGGAAUGAUGACAAGAAGAGGAAAUGGGAGGACGAAGGGAACGAAAGCUGGGACAACAAGAAGAAGAAGGAUGAUUGGUCUGGUGACAAAGGAUCUUGGGGGGGAGACCAGAAGAAAGACUGGAACGAUAAGAGUUGGGACAAGGGCAAUUCAGGCGGCGGCUGGGAAAAGGAGAAGAAGAACGACUGGGACAACAAGGCUAGCAGCUCCUGGGAGAAUGGCAACUCAGGCAAAAGGAAAUGGGACUCGCAGGAAUCCGGAAACGACAAGUGGUCCAAAGACCAGGGCGCAAAGUCUUGGGAGAAGCAGGACUGGAAAAGUGGCGGAAAAGAUGAUUGGAAAAGUGGAGGAGGGAAGGAGGAUUGGAAGAGCGGCGGGAAGGACGAUUGGAAGAGCGGUGGGAAGGACGAUUGGAAGAGCGGCGGGAAGGACGAUUGGAAGAGCGCUGGGAAGGACGAUUGGAAGAGCGCUGGGAAGGACGAUUGGAAGAGCGCUGGGAAGGACGAUUGGAAGAGCGGCGGGAAGGACGAUUGGAAGAGCGCUGGGAAGGACGAUUGGAAGAGCGGCGGGAAGGAUGACUGGAAGAACAACCAGGCACACGGCAAAGACGACUGGGGUCAGAAGAAGCAGGAAUGGGGGAAGCAGGACAACUGGAACAAGAAAGACGACUGGGGUGGAGGGCAAAAACAACAGGACAACUGGAACAAGAAAGACGACUGGAGCGGCGGCGGCGGCGGCCAAAAGCAGGACUGGAAGAAGGACCAAGGGGGCGGCAAUCAGAACCAAUCUUGGCAGAAGCAGCAGGAUUGGAAGCAGGGCGGUGGCGGUGGUGGUGGUGGCGGCGGCCAGUGGGGAAACAACGACCAGACCAGCGCCUGGGGCGGUGGAGGUGGCAACAAAAAGCAACCGACCUGGCAAGCGCCUGCGCAGGAAGCCAGCUGGGGAGGUGGACAACAGGGCGAUGGUGGCUGGGGCACGAGCUCAAGCUCUGGGUCACAGCGGUGGCCCCAGGAGCAAAAACGACAAGCACCGACAUGGCAAAGCCAUGAGGAUAACAAGAGGCAGCGAAGCGAUGCUGGCUCAGGGUACGGUGCCUCUCAGAACGAUCAGCGUCAGCGGCCUGUCACAGCGUACAGUGCGCCCUGGAGAGGUGCUGGCCGCCCUGCUCCUGCUCGGGAAGAGUACGUUAACGUGCACGCGGACUCCCGAGGACGUCAGAGACCUGACGAAAUCUUGGCGCAGAUGGGGAAGCAGCCCGACUCCAUCGACGACUGGAAGAACGUUCAGCACAUCGUUUUUCCAGGAGCCGAGGCACUCCCCCGAAAUUGGAUCCGCGUCUGGUCCAAGAAGCACGGCUGCGAGUACUACCUCCGACUGGAGGACAACCAUGCCACCUUUGAGAUUUCCGAUGUCUUCGCCUAG